UGUGGAUCACGCGCGCAAUGGACAGAACUUAUUUCGCAGUGAAGUCAAAAAGUUUAUUAAAAAACGCACAAAAAUCCAAAAAACUAUUCUUUUUGGCUGCCUAAAGAGUGAUCCUUGUGAAAAACUAUGGAAAUUCAGUGAAAAUUGUGUGAGAAAAUGGAAAAAAAUCAAUGAUAGUUCUUCGUAUUUCCUGGAAAGAACCAACAAGCAAAUUGUCACGCGAGGGAGUUAGAUAGUCACAGUGGAAAACGCUGGUUAGACGGUUGGUGUGUGGAAGAGUAGGACAAGUAUACGCAUUUACUAAGGGUGGUUUUUUCGUGGGUAGUAGCAGUAUAUUCUCAAAUACGAAAUUUUUUUAAUAAAAAAAAUAUAUAAAAUGGAUGUGGCACCGGUGAAAUUUGGUAUUGAUGACGAAGGUCGGAGAAAGCCUAGGAUAAGCUCGAUGGGGCGAUCAGCUGCCCUCGAGCAGGCAUACGUACACGAUGUCUAUGAAAUUUGCAACGAAGUUGUAAGUCCUCUACGACCGCGUGUUACCCAAUUCCUAACAUCUUUGGAGCCUGGAUCGCUUGUAUGUGAUGUAGGUUGUGGGAAUGGUCGCUAUCUCACUCCUACAAAUUCCUUUAUCUACUCCAUUGGGAUCGAUCGGUGUCAUAGAUUGUCUCAAGCAGCUAGGAGUCGAGGCAAUGAGGUGGCUCUGUGUGACAAUCUUGAACUUCCCUUUCGCAGUGAAUCCUUCGACGCUGUACUGUCUCUGGCCGUUGUGCAUCACUUUGCCACAAAAGACAGACGCGUAGAGGCUAUUAGAGAAAUCGCUAGAGUUCUACGAAUUGGAGGUCGUGCUAUCAUCACAGUUUGGGCUCUUGAACAACGUAAUCGACGAUUUGAGUCCCAAGACAUUCUCAUCCCUUGGCAAUUAUCCAGUGCAGCUUCUGCAUCAGAUGAUGAUGACGAUGAUGACUUUUUACCCCCUUAUAGCGCGUACUCUGAGGACUCUGCUACUAACUCUAGUCGCUCAGCUGGUGAUGGUGAUAGUUCCAGUCUUUCUUCGUCUUCCCCAGUUGAAUCAUGCUGCAUUUUUAUGCGACGUGCCAUCCAGAAACUUGCUAGUGGUAAGAAACACUCGUGGUUCUUAGAUAGUAUUAACGCCAAGGACAAUAAGCUCACCACGGGUUGGGACGUGGAGGAUGCCAAAAAUCUGCCAAUUGAACUGCGACGCUUAGAGGAUUUUGACGACCUAGCCGAACCACCUAUAUUCCGUCUUGAUCCAUUGGCUGAGGUCUUGCCAUCCCCUUCGCCGGUUGAACAACCAUCAACCGCUGGAUUGUGUCCUCCAACUCGAAUUCUCAAAAAACAGGCGAGCUUGAACGAGGACCUAAUGCCUGAGAGUCGACAGCGAGAUCGUGAUGGUGUCCGACGACGAAUUCAGAAACAGGCCUCUCUCAAUGAAUCAUUUCUGUGCCGAUCGCUGUCGAAGAGACUCCAACUCUUAGGACAUGGACUGGGUGGUGCUUUAAGAAGCUCUACUGAAGGCCUAGAACGUGCUACCAAGACUAGCCUUGGUAAAAUCAUCAAGACAAUGUCUAGCAAUGGACGUCAUGAAUUAACACGCUCAACCGGUGCUAAUUUAAUUCAUACAUCUUCCGAAGAUGCAGAUGCACCCCCAGCAGCUGUUGCCCAGUUACUCAAUGACACAUCGGAGCAACCACCCGCUAAGCACACUCAUGAAAGUGGAUCAGAUUCAUCCAAGGAGAGUAGCCUACAGAGUGAUACAAGCGUCGAAUCUGAAGAUAGUUUCGCCUCUGUGAUCUUUGUGCCCAAUGCUGAGUUAAAAGUAGACCCAUCUCCACCACCAAUACAGUCACCGGCACCAAAAUUCGAUGCCUUUAUUUUACCAGAAGCUACGCAGUCACCAGUCACAAGUGCACCACCACAACGCCCGCCACUGAGUCCUGCUGCUACAACUAAGAAGCCCCCAAUGCCUUUUAUUUACGAGGAAACUCGUCAAUGUGCUCAAGAAGACGACGAAAAACGUAGACUGAUUGAUCGAGUAUUGGUAAAAGGAAAACUGGAUACCAAGGCGAGAAUGAAAGCCUACUUCAGCUCUCGAACUACCAGCCUGGAUAUUUAUAAUCCGGAGACAGAUGAUCUCGAGAGUGACUCAACAGAACCAUCAUCUCCGGAUUCAGUAGAUAGUGUUGUAAGUGCUCUAAAACUAGAUGAAGCUGUCUGUAGUCUUAGUCUGAACAGAGAGACAAGAGAGACUGUUGUUCGAGAAACAGCGCCUGAAUCAAAAGUAGAGGUCGUCGAAAAACCCGAAGUAAUACAGGAUACGCCGGAAAAAUCAAAAGAAGAGGAUGAUUUGGCUUCUAGGCAAUUUCUAGUAGAUUAUGCUGAUCGAUUGACAGAAAAAUUACUGAAGGAUGUCAAUGGAAAGUUAGCAGCUCAAAAUUUUUCAAUAGAAACAGAUUCAGCUGCCGAAUGCACAACUUCAUGUGCACCAUCAAGCCGAAUUUCACCACGAGAAUUUACUCUGACGCUUAAUACAGGUGUCAAUAGCGUGAGUGGACCACAAAGUUCAGAAUCUGUGAUGAAUCGCGAACGAAUUGGAGUAAAAAGCACUCGUCCAGCAAAAGUUACUGGUGGUGCAAAGUCAAAGACUGGUCAGAGAAGUGGCUUCUCUCUGGAAUUCCGAACAGAAACAGCGGAAGAAAAAAGGGGCACAGACCUAGAUGCAGCAUCCGUAGGUGGAUCUGCAACUCAUCAUCGCUACUACCACGUUUUUCGAGAGGGUGAACUAGAAGCAUUAAUCAAUCAUCAUGUAACCAGUCUCCACAUAGUCUCAUCUUACUAUGAGCGAGCUUCGUGGUGUGUUGUAGCCGAAAAAGUUCAAGUGUGGACAAUUUAGGGUGAAUUACUGAGGAUACUUUACGACAUCGAGGACAUGAAUCUAUAGAAAGAAAAGAACAUUAUCCCUCGAUUAUGGGACUUAGAAAUCUUAACCAUUACCCACAUGUAUUUAAAUAUUUAAUCCAAUAAAACAUUUAUGAAAUUAAAUAUUUAAUUACCUAUGGAAAAUGCAUUUACUGUAAAAAAUUAUUAAGAUAUGUAAGACCUACAGGAAGAAUCGUAUGUAAAUGAUUUCAAUUGAUCUGGAAUAAUAAUUAUGAAACGAAAAAUAAAUUAGACACUCAAUAAAAUAGUUGGAAAUGGGCGAAAAAAAAACGGAGGAUAACUCACAGCAGGUAACAUAUCCUUUUCUGAAAACACGAAAUAAUUUAUAAGCGUCGAAGUAUAUUUAUAGGAAUACUAAAUGAACUUUUCACUGUCGUAGCAACAAAAUAAACAAAGAAAACAAAAAGUUUCACAGCAGCAAAAAAUAUUGAUUACAACCAGAAAAAAUAAUAAUCUCUUUUCUUUUCUAUAAAUGUUAAAAUAUUUAAAAAUAAUGAGGCAUAUCAAUGGAUAACAUUAUAACAAAUCAUUGCUAUGACCAAUACGAAACGAGAGGAAGUGCCAGUAAAAGAUACAACUCUUAAGCGCAGCUGAUAUAAACGAAUUAACUAAGUAAUUAAAAUAUUAUAUAUAAAAAAAUGCAAAAUUAAUGGAAAGACAUGAAUUCAUAAUUCUUCAAUUUAGAACAAAAAAAAUUAUAUUUCAUUCUGAAGAAAAUAAUCCAAGAGCGCCAUAGUGAAUAAUUUUCUGUGAAAUGUUUGUGCAGUAUUUAAAAUAGUAAUAAUAAAAUCUAUUAUAA